AAAGAAGUCAUGACGUCACUGGUCAACCCUGCUUACAACAGCACGGUGGGGUCCCCAACAGACCAAGUCAACGCAAACACGACAACGGCGGGACUCUCCGUGGAGGAACGCGACCCAUUACAAAAUGAGAUUAACAAAAUGAUGAAGGAGAGCUUGAUGGACUCAGACUUCAGCCAGACGGACAAUAAGAAUGAGGGGGUGUCCAUCCAAAGUGCCGUUCUUGGGGGGUCGGCGGGGAAGAGCCGCUCCAAGUAUGCUUCAACGGACUACUCUUCCAUGGGAAUAGGCAAUCCAUUAGAAAACCUGCCCGGGGCAUACUCCGAUGAUGACUAUGAUGAUGAUGAGGACGAUGUUUAUGUGGAAGAGGAGGAGGAGGAUAGGAGAUUGACAGUAGCAGAUGAUAACAUCCUUCGGGAGAGGAACAAGGUUAAAGCAGAAGCCAUGUUUGCCGGCAUUGAUUUCAUCGAUGAUGGGGAGGAUGAGGAUGAUAGUGAGGACGAGGAGGAGGAGGAGGAUGAUGACGAGGAUCAAGCAGAAGUUGUGAUCAUUGAGGAAGUCGAUAGCGCAGAUGAGAAAGCACCAAAGAGAGUGAAAACAGAUGAUAGCUGUUCACCAAAGGACCCUGAUGCAGAUCUUAUGUCACCAGAUGAAGUGAUUGCCACAAAGCUAGGUGGCAUUUUAAGUUAUUAUGCCAACUUAGAAGCAUUGACGAAGCAACGUUCUGAACAGAUUGAGGAUGAUACCACAUCGUUACGAGGCAGUGUCAGUGAUUCGUCAGAUAUAGAGGGAGAGAGGCACGAAGGCCUUUAUGAAAUGCCUCAGCAACCGACCCCUUUCGAUUCAGGACCUUCUACUAUGGAUGAUGAGAGCACAGAUGAUUGUGAAUCCACAUAUGAUAUGCUUUACAAGAGCUUUGGGCUCAGGACACAAGAAGAAACCUUUAAGACGGAUCUACUGUCCCCAUCGCAAGGUCAACAUGACCAUGGAUACGCCAGCGAGACAUCCGCUGAUGAGAGAGUAUCUCCAAUCAAGCGACCCGGAAUGCUGGUCAGAGAUGGAUUCAAGCCCCCGCUCAGUGCUCUUACCGAAGACCUCCCCCUCAAGAUUCUGUCCCCAACAACGGAAGCUGAGUCGGGCAUCGAGGUCACUCCGGAACCCAAGUCCAGCAAACCUCUGUUGGAUAAGGAACUUUCGGAAGCGCAGAAAAAUGCGCUGACGAAGCCGACGACACUUCCACCAGGCUGGCGUGAGGUAGCCGAUGCCCAUGGAACAUACUAUUGGCAUGUACCCACAGGAACUACGCAGUGGAGUCCACCCUCACCCACAGACAGCCAAGGAUCUGCAAGCCCACCCAAGAAACCUGCUCGGGUAUGUACAGUGCAUGUAUAUUGGUUUCCAUGUUAGUCAUUGUCUAAUCUUACUAUUGUGCCUCGACAUAAUCCACAGUAUACCUGCAUCACAGAAACAUCCAUUGGUCACUCUAGGAUUUCAAGUGUUCUGCCGACUAAAAGUCAGAAGUUUUUCAUGAAACGGGUCACAGCUUCACGGUCAUGUUUUCUUUGCCAUUUAUCUUGCAUUCUUAUUCCAUAUGUCUUUUCAUCUCU